AUGCCAUCCAUCAUAGCUUGGAAGGUUGCUGGAGAGUUUGUCAUUCCAAAGAACAUGACUGUUGGUUUGAAUAACCCUCAUGGAGUAAUAAAUGCUCCCUUCCAUUUAUCAUCUUCUUUGAUUCUCACAUUGUUGUAUCCUGUGCACAGAUCAAGCUUGGUGAACAUAGUUGGCUUAGCAGAGGUGAUACGAUCCAAUAGGUCUUCCACUCGUGGGAUAGGUCCUGACAUGGCUGUAGAUCUCCUGAUUUUUUUAUUGACAAAGAAGAAUGGAGAUGCCAUAGGAGACUUUGAUGGAUGGAUGUAA